UAGUGAAGGUGCCAAGUGGAGAUGGACCCCGACGAUUGAUGCGCUUGAAACCGGGCACCAUGCGGCUCCUCCAUCAUCGUCAACACCAUCACCAUCGAUAGCGUGCCAAAACCGGUUGGCGGCAUUCGUUUGUUGAACGUGACCGCGAGUGGACCAGUGUGCUCUCUUGUGCCCCGGGAAAACGCGGGUUAAACGGCUUAUUCGGCUCGCUUCGACAAUCUUGCCUGGCCUGUAGGUAUUUUUGUUUUGUGUUUUCUGGAGUGCGAACGAGGAUUUCACGGUGUUUGGUACGCGGGUACGCGUACAUGCCGUUUUUUUCUGUUCCCGCGGUUGAGUGGAGAAAUAUUGAAGAAAAGGUAAACAUCAUCGCGGUUAUUUUGUUCGGUUGGAUGGCGUUUCGCGGAAACCAGAGUUUGUAUUGCUCCAGUUGGGGUGCUAAUGAUUCAAAUUCACAGAAGCUACACAGAAUUAAUAAGUUGAAUAUUUUUCUGGCUGGUGGAAAGAAGUGAAAGUAAGAAUUCAAAUUUCACUGUAGUGGAAAUGCGGGCUGCGAUUGAAGUGUGAUUCGGCAGGUGCGAGGAGUGAGAUUUUUUCGCUACUAUCCAUCGUUCGUGGAGUGUAAAGAUACAAGCAAGAGUGCUACCUGGUUUGUACUCCCAGCAGGGAAAUAGUGUAAAUAAAACACGGAAGAUAGUCGACGGAGAAAAGUGCACCGAAGGGGAGUUUUUCCGCUGCUGUUUGGAUUGAAUGUAGGUACUGAAAUUUGAACACAAAAAAACGUUGGAAGUGAACAUUCAGAAGAAGAGAGCUGGCUCGUACGGCUAACCUCUGUACCCUGUGCCGUUAACAGCGAAACCACGAGACCCAAAGUAUAGUGUUACUCUGUUUGGUGCCGCCGUAAUCAUCAGUGUAAUAAAAGCGCACUCCGAAGCUUGUUUGUGGGAAUCGCAGCGUGAAGUGCAGUGCAAUCACCAAUCAACUAGUACAGUCAGUACACCGUCCGUACCUGUACACGCCGGUACUGCGCACAAUAUCCGGUUGACGCGUGGUCAGCAGCGGCGGAUUUUCGUGGAAUAACCGCUUUCCGGCUUGCGAGAGUAAUUUGCGACCUGGAGAUGGGUGUAACCUCAUCGUCACGCCAGGACACCAGUCUGCUGUCGGAUGAGGACGUAAAUUUUGACCACUUCCAAAUCCUGCGCAACAUCGGGAAGGGCAGCUUUGGGAAGGUCUGCAUCGUACAAAAGCGGGACAGUGGCAGUCUGUUCGCCAUGAAAUAUGUCAGCCGCAAUGCCUGCAUCGGUCGGGGCGCACUCGGGGGUGUCCUGAAAGAGGUGGAACUCCUGGCAUCGCUGGAGCAUCCUUUCCUGGUUAACCUGUGGUUUUCCUUUCAAGAUGAAGAGGACUUGUUUAUGGUGUGCGACCUCUUGGCCGGAGGUGACUUGCGGUAUCACCUGAACCAUCAGGUGGAAUUUUCAGAAGCCAGUGUUGCCUUAUUGGUAUGCGAAAUCGGUUCCGCUCUGGACUACUUGCAGAAGCAGCGAGUCGUGCACAGGGAUAUCAAACCGGACAACAUAUUACUGGAUGAGGAAGGACACGCACAUCUGACCGACUUUAACAUCGCAACCCGUUUACCCCCGGACGGUCUAGCCUGCAGCAUGUCCGGGACGAAGCCGUACAUGGCUCCGGAAGUUUUUAUGUGUGCCUUAGAGGAGAUCGCCGGUUACAGCUACCCAGUGGACUGGUGGUCGUUGGGGAUCGUUGCAUACGAGAUGCGCUCCGGCAUGCGACCGUUUGUGGUGCAUUCCGCAACACCACUGGUCGAGGUGAAAAACAUCUUGAACACUCAACCGCACUUCCCGCGUCACUGGAGUGACAAAUUUAUCGAUCUGCUUAGUAAGCUCCUCAGUGUCCAACCCGGACCACGCAUCAGUAGCCAGCGGGAACUGCAGCAAACCAAGCUGCUGCGUGGAACGUGCUUCGAUCGGAUUCUAGCAAAAAACACCAAUCCGUUGUUCAAGCCAUCCAAGGACCACUUGAACUGUGAUCCCAGCCUGGAACUAGAGGAAAUGAUCAUAGAGGCAAAACCACUUCACAAAAAGAAAAAACGUUUGGCCAAACAGCGCUCGAUCAAUCGAGACAACCAGAACCAGAACAGUCAGGAUCAGCUCAGUGAGUUGGACAGUGCGCUACUGAAACAGUUUCUGGUGUAUAAUCGUUUCAAAGAGCAGAAGCGGAAAGUGAUGGAACAAAAAGAGUCUGACUGGCAGCAGGAACUGGAUCACGCGAUGGCCAGUUCCGAAGUCGAUGGAUCCGGUGGUGGACGGCUGGAAACGAUCCACGAAGGAACGACCGAGCCGGUGAUGCCACCUGACGUGAGCCCACUGACACUGGACAGUAACGGGGAUACCAGCAGCAGUGCACAGGAACCGGCAGAGCGAAACGAUAGUUUAGACUAUAUCGAUCGGACGCCGUCUCCGAAGCCCAGUAUUUAGUAGAGGGGUUCGAGCUCCUAGUGUGGCUUUGAGAGUUUGAUUUGUGAACACAAGAGACGAUUUAUUGUGUUGUUAGAUCUUUCUUCCUUCGGAAUGUAGUUGCAAAGUUAUGGAAUAAUUUGCCUGCAGAUCCCAGGAUCUCGUAACAAUAUUAUGAUUAUUUCUGGAGCUUAAUCUCUGUUAUAACUGUAUAUUAU